AUGGACAAAAAGCGUAUUGAUGCAGAGAGUGUUGAUAUGCUUGAUAUGUGGUAUAAUGAACUUGCCACAGUGCUAAAAGAUGCUCGUCCUCAGCUUAUAUUCAAUUUUGAUGAGAGUGGCUUUCAAUUUGGACAAGGUAAAGCUGAAAGGGUUAUUUCUUCGAAGCCAAAACACCAGCAACGAAUUGCAAGUGCUGAACAUGGUGAAAAUGUCACUGUUGUUGAAUGUGUCAAUGCUGUUGGCUGGUCAAUGUCACCGUUGUUUAUUUUGAAAGGUCAACGGUAUAUGGAAAGCUGGUAUAAAGAUGUUCCUGCCUCGUGGUUAACAAGUGUGUCUCCAAAUGGUGUUAUUACUGAUGAAAUUGCAUUAAGCUGGGUGCAAAACUUCGAUUUGCAGACUAAAAGUCUUGUUUUCCCGGUGAAAAACGAAUUUUGUUAA